AUGGCAGUAAAGUCUGCAGCCUGUGGCACAUUUGAAGUGAACUUCAACAGAAAAACUGUCAUAAAAGCUAUCGGUCCUUUGCCGGAGCCUCAUACUCUCACUCUCUCAAACCUCGACCUUCUUUCCGGCCGUUUUCCAGUAACAUAUUUUUAUUUCUACCGCAGACCCCUUGUCGAUAAUUUCACUUCCACCAUUGAGUCCCUCAAGUAUUCCCUUGCUGAAACUCUUAGAUAUUUCUACCCAUUUGCUGGUCAGAUUGUUCAAAACCCGAACACCGGUGAGCCUGAGAUCAUUUGUGACAACAAUGGUACCCUUCUUGUAGAAGCACAAGCUAACAUUUCACUAAAAGAACUGAACUUCUACAAUCUUAACCAAUUUCUUCAGGGAAAACUAGUCACUAUCAAUCAUGACUUUCCAUUGCAAAUCCAAGUCACAGGUUACACUUGUGGAGGUAUAUCGAUAACGUUUACAUUUGAUCAUGCACUGGGAGAUGCCAGUGCAUUUAGUAAAUUCCUAGUGACAUGGUCUGAAAUCGCCACAAAGAAGACAAUCUCAUGCUCUCCAGACCACAGUAGACAUCUUCGUGCCCGAGUUCCUCCUACUUACGAUCCAUCCUUAGACCAAACCUUUGUCUCCUGCUCCAUAGAAGACAUAACCAACAUUCCAACACCAAAAAUCUUGCUCAAACGCCUUUAUUACGUCGAUGUUUCAAGUAUCAACAUGUUGCAAAGACUUGCAGAUCUUGAUGGUGAGAAAAGAACAAAAAUUGAGGCUUUCUCGGCUUAUGUCUGGAAGAUUCUGGUUACUGCAAUCGAUAAAAGCCACGAAAAAUGUAUGAUGGGGUGGCUAGUUGAUGGAAGAACUAGGUUGCUUAAAGAUCAGAACUCCAUGAGCAAUUACAUUGGAAAUGUAUUGUCUCUGGCUUUUGCGGAGGCAAGGGUGACUGAAUUGAAGCAAGGGUCUGUAAAAGAAGUUGCCCAGAUUGUCCAUGAAGCCAUUAACAAGGUAACUACUGAAACUCAUUUCUUGGAUUUGAUCGAUUGGAUCGAAUGCCACAGGCCAGGAUUGAUGCUAUCGAAGAUUGUUUUAGGCCGCGGGGGCCCUGCCCUAGUGGUGUCAUCAGGAAGAAGGUUUCCAGUGGCUGAAUUGGAUUUUGGUUUCGGGAACCCAGUGAGAGNGAUUGUUUUAGGCCGCGGGGGCCCUGCCCUAGUGGUGUCAUCAGGAAGAAGGUUUCCGGUGGCUGAAUUGGACUUUGGUUUCGGGAACCCAGUGGUGGGCACUGUCUGUUCUACCAUAGAGAAGAUUGGAGUCGGGUAUAUGAACCAAAGGCAAAGUGCAAGGGGUGAUGGUUCUUGGACUGUGUCUGCAAUCUUGUGGCCAGAGAUGGUUGCUGCAUUAGAAUCAGAUCCUGAUCAUGUUUUUCAGCCCAUGGAUGCAAAUCAUUUACAGCUUUAG